CAACACAUGUACUUACUUGCAUACAUAUUUACACCCUGAUAUUUUUUAGAGCCGCCUCUCUCUCUCUCUCUCUCCCCAAUCUCUCUCCAUCUCUCCCUCUCUCAUUUCUCCUCACCUUCUUCUUCUUCACACGCAUCCCACACACACCCCUGAUCCACCCCCAUUUCCCACGUGCCCAAAUCCCCUCCACAUGACAGACUUCCGGCACCCCACUUCCGGCGUAAACCUCUGGUCCUCCGACGACCACACAACUUCUUCAAUGAUGGACGCUUUCAUCUCCUCCACCGACUUCUCCCCCUUCUUCCCCCCCCCUACUCCACCCCCCCACCCCAUCCCCACCACCACCUCUUCUUUCAACCAAGAAACUCUCCAGCAUCGUCUCCAAACUGUCAUCGACACCGCCACCGAGAACUGGACCUACGCUAUCUUCUGGCAGCCGGAUAACAACGCUACUUACGCCCCGUCAGCUUCCUCGAUUCUUGGCUGGGCUGAUGGGUAUUACAAAGGAGAAGAUAAGGAGAAGGCGAGGGCUAAUGCGAGUUCCGCCGAUGAGCAAGCUCACCGGAAAAAGGUGCUCCGGGAACUGAAUUCGCUGAUUUCCGGCGGGCAGACUGGGUCGCCUGAUGAAGCUGUUGAUGAGGAGGUGACGGAUACUGAGUGGUUCUUUCUGGUGUCGAUGACCCAGAAUUUCGUAAACGGGUCGGGUCUUCCGGGUCAGGCUUUUGUGGGGAACUCGACGGUUUGGGUUAGUGGGGGAGAGAGGCUGUUGGGGUGUGAGUGUGAGAGAGCGAGGCAAGCUCAGGUGUUUGGGUUGCAAACGUUGGUUUGUAUUCCGUCUGAAAACGGCGUCGUUGAGCUGGGCUCUACUGAGGUGAUUUAUCAGAGCUUGGAUCUGAUGAAUAAGGUGAGGGUUUUGUUUGAUUUCAAUGGUGGGCACUCGAGUUUCUUGCAGCAAGAUCCGGGUGUGAAUGAGUCCGACCCGUCUGCGCUUUGGAUCCGGGAGCCUUCUCCGGUGGUGGUUCCUCCGGUAGUUCAAAUUAAGGAAGCCCCUCUGGUGAGUCUGUCUAAUCCUAUGCAAAUUGCGUUUGAGAAUCAUAGCUCUAUUGGGUUGAACGGAAAUCCUGGAAACCCUAAUUCUAAUCCUAAUCCUAAUACUAGUAGUGUAAUUCAUGUUCCGAAUCAUCAGUUCGGUCGAAAUGAGGGGAGGGAGAUUGGGGUUAUGGGUAAGGAAUUGAACUUUUCGGGGUUUGGAUAUGAUGGAAUUAGCGGAAGUAAUGUAAGGAAUGUGGGAUUGGAAUCAAAUGGCUGUAAGCCGGAGUCAGGUGAGAUUUUGAAUUUCGGGGAAAGUAAGAGGAGUAAUGGGAGUAAGGUUUUGCCGUUUGGGGGAAUUGUGGAGGAUAGCAAGAAGAGAUCGAAUGAGGAUGGCAUGUGGUCAUUUUCUGGUGUGAAGUCUAGUGGUGUUGGAGAUUCGGAUCACUCAGAUCUGGAAGCUUCGGUUGUAAAAGAGCCGGAUGUUGUUAGAGUUGUGGAGCCUGAAAAAAAGCCGCGAAAGAGGGGGAGAAAGCCUGCGAAUGGGAGAGAGGAACCGUUGAAUCAUGUUGAAGCGGAAAGGCAGAGGAGGGAGAAGCUCAAUCAGAAGUUUUACGCGCUUCGAGUUGUUGUGCCUAAUGUGUCGAAAAUGGAUAAGGCUUCACUUCUUGGAGAUUCUAUAAUUUAUAUUAAUGAGCUGAAGGCCAAGGUGCAGGCAUCAGAUUCUGAGAAAGACGAGCUGAGAAACCAGGUGGAGUCUUUAAAAAGGGAAUUAGCUAGUAAAGAAACUCGGGGUUCAGCUGAGAAAGAUUUUAAACUGUCAAAUGGUCAUGCAAGCAAGUUGUUUGAUUUGGAUAUUGAUGUCAAGAUUAUAGGCUGGGAUGCAAUGAUCCGAGUCCAGUCCAGUAAAAAGAACCAUCCUGCAGCUAGAUUGAUGGCCGCAUUGGAAGAUCUGGAUCUUGAUGUUAGCCACGCAAGUGUCUCCGUUGUCAGAGAUCUGAUGAUUCAACAAGCUACGGUGAAGAUGGGGAGUCGAUUAUAUACUCAAGAACAGCUUAAGGUAGCAUUAACAGCCAGAGUCUCGUAACAAGAUAACCAUCUCGGCCGAUCAAUUUUUUUGUUGUUGACUGUAUCGAGGCUUUGGGGAAUUUUGAAGCUCCCAGUAGCUAAGAAUUUGUAUAAUGUUCCAUAUGUAAUUCCUCUGCCUUCAGUCCUGCUGUAGUAUAGUUGAGGUCAGCGAGGAGACGACCUAAUCUGGUAUAAUCCUACCUGGGAGCCGGAAAAGGCUAUAUCCUGCAUGGAAGCCGGGAUGCGGGGAGGUCAAGAUGUACGCAAUCUUACUCUUAUGUUAUACUGUUGUAUAUAACUAUUUACAAAAAGACCAGUUAAAUUAGUAGCAUUUUGUUCAUGUUAAUGGAAUAAUACAAGUGAUAUGCAGUUCUUGGUC